AUGCAAGAAUCUUCUACUCAGGCAGGAAAAGAGAUAGAGGAACGUAUAGGGCAAGGAUGGGUUACUGGGGCCAUAAAAGAUAUGAUUACUCAGGCAGGAAAAGACAUAGAGGAACGUAUAGGGCAAGAAUUGGUUCCUGGGACCAUUAAAGAUAUGGUUACUCAGGCAGGAAAAGAGAUAGAGGAACGUAUAGGGCCCAAUCAUAGACUAGUCGUUCCCGUUCGACUCCGCGAUAAAAGAGACUCGAAGCGAGCGAUAAAAGACAUGGAAAAUAUCGAGGAACAGAGACUCAGGCGAGCGAUAAAAGACAUGGAAAAAGAUAUAGAGGAACAUGUGUCUAAACUGAUGGAUGAUCGAUAUAUGGAGUUUACUAAUUCUCUAAGAGGAAUAAUGCAAAAAUUUGUUAGUGAGGAAGUAAAAGACAUGAAGGAACAAAUAAUGCAAGAAUCUUCUACUCAGGCAGGAAAAGAGAUAGAGGAACGUAUAGGGUAA